AUGGAGGCUCAGUGGCGUCAGGGCGGCCGGGGCCGCGGCCGCGCCAGGCCCGGGGACGAGCUCGCCGCUCGCUCUGGGGCGGCCGCCCGGCCCCCGGCCGCGCGGGGCCGCGGCGGUGUCCGUGCUGCGGCAGCGGGGACCAUCGGCGAGGGGGCCAGCGAAUUAUCUUCACUGAAAAAAUUUGAUGAAAUUAAGAAAGCUAAUCAGGCUGCAGCAAAAAAGCUAGUUGAAGACCAAUUAAGCUCCUCAUCUGAAGAUGAUGAUGAAGAUGCUGAAGUGAAACAAGGGAAGAUUUUGGAUAAAACAUUUACCAUUUACACCAGUCAAACUGAUGGCGAUGCAAGUGAACUGGAACGUACGAGGCAGUACAUGAAUGAGGCUUUUCAGUCAGGGGCCAUGACAUGUCUCAUCUGCAUUGCUUCAGUUAAAAGGAACCAAGCUGUCUGGAGCUGUUGUGGAUGUUUUUGUAUAUUUCAUCUGGUGUGUAUCCAAAAGUGGGCCAAGGACAGCCUCUUCCUUGUAUCUUCUCCUUUGACGGAUGAUGAUUUUGGGAAGAAAGAUUAUCCCUGGCCAUGUCCAAAGUGCAGGUUUGAAUACAAACGCUCUGAAACUCCCAGUAAGUAUUACUGUUACUGUGGAAAAGUGGAGAAUCCAACAGUGGACCCAUGGCUGGUGCCUCACUCCUGUGGUCAAAUAUGUGAGAGGGAAUUCAAACCUUCCUGUGGUCAUAAAUGUUUGCUGCUUUGUCAUCCAGGACCGUGUCCACCUUGCCCAAAGAUGGUCACAACAACCUGUCACUGUAAGAAAGCCAAACCAGUGCCCCGAAGGUGCAGUGCCAAGGAGUGGUCUUGCCGCCUGCCAUGUGGACGAACAUUGCUGUGUGGACAACAUGCCUGUGAGAAUCCCUGUCAUGCAGGAGACUGUGAGCCUUGUCCACGUGUCAGUGAGCAACGGUGUAUCUGUGGGAGACAAACGGCAGAGAGGCUUUGUGCAAGUCCUCAGUGGCAGUGUGAUCAGGUGUGUGGGAAAUGUUUGCCAUGUGGUAAUCACACAUGUGAACAAGUUUGUCAUGCUGGUCCCUGUGGAGACUGUCCUCGUUCCGGGAAAAGGUCCUGUCCAUGUGGAAAAACAAAGUUUACAUUGCCUUGUACGGAAGAUGUGCCCACCUGUGGUGAUAGUUGUGACAAAGUUCUGGAAUGUGGCAUCCAUAAAUGUUCACAGCGCUGUCAUCGGGGUCCCUGUGAAAUAUGCAGACAGGAGGUUGAAAAGCAGUGUCGCUGUGGGAAGCACACGAAGCGUAUGCCGUGCCAUAAGCCAUAUCUGUGUGAAACAAAGUGUACUAAAAUCCGUGAUUGUCAGAAGCACCAGUGCCGGAGGAAAUGCUGUUCUGGAAACUGUCCACCUUGUGAUCAAGUCUGCGGGCGGACUCUCGGCUGCAGAAAUCACAAAUGUCCUUCAGGCUGCCACAGAGGUAGUUGUAAUCCGUGUCCGGAGACUGUGGAUGUGAAAUGCAAUUGUGGAAAAACUGUAAUUAAAGUGCCAUGUGGCAGAGAGCGCACCAUCAAACCUCCCAAAUGCAAGCAGCUCUGCAGUCGGCCACCUACCUGUCACCAUUCUACCCAGGAGAAACACUAUUGUCACUUUGGGCGGUGUCCUCCCUGUCGACAACCCUGCCAGAAAACCUUAACAUGUGGUCAUUUGUGCCCUGUUUCCUGCCAUGAUGAAGCACUUGUGAAGCAAACUGGCUUACAUCAGUCUGCAGGGCCUUGGGAACAGCCAUCUGAGCCAGCCUUCAUACAGACUGCAUUACCGUGCCCUCCCUGUGAGGUUCCUAUACCAGUGGAGUGUCUUGGACAGCAUGAGGUUAGUCCGUUACCAUGUCACUCUGCAAAUCCAUACUCAUGUAAGAGAUUUUGUGGGCGGCUUCUUGAGUGUCAGAAUCAUACCUGUAUGAAAGAAUGUCAUCAUGUUACUAAAUUGAGCAGUAGUGCAGAUGGAAAGAAGGCGGGUCCAGAAUGUUCACAGUGUGAAGAGGAGUGCACCAAGCCCCGGCCAGCUGGCUGUCCUCACCGAUGUGUUUUGCCCUGUCAUCCUGGGGAUUGCCCAUCGUGUCUCCAGAUGCUUAAAAUAAAGUGUCACUGCAAACUAUCAGUACUGUAUAUUGAAUGCUUAAAGCUAACAUGUGCUGAUUUAAAAGAAAAGGAGCUUCUUAUUUCCUGCAGAAAUCAGUGUCCAAAAGAGUUGCCGUGUGGUCACCGGUGUAAAGAGAUUUGCCAUUCAGGUAGCUGUCCUCUUAACUGCAGCCAGAAGGUGAAACUCCGAUGCCUCUGUAAGAGACUGAAAAAGGAAGUACAGUGCAGCAAGAUACAAGAAGACCAGGUUUCACUGGAAUGUGAUGCAUUAUGCAAGGAAAUGAAGCGGAAAGCCAAUGAGAUAAAAGAAGCAGAAGCCAAAGCUGCUCUUGAAGAGGAGAAGCGAAGACAGCAGGCUGAACUGGAAGCUUUUGAAAACAGAUUAAAAGGGCGAAGGAAGAAUAAGAGAAGAAAGGAUGAGGUAGAAGUUGAACAAUCAUCGUGGCAAAAGUACAAGAACCUCAUUAUGCUGCCAGUGUUCGGAGUUGCUGUUGUGAUGGUUGCAUGGCUCGUGGUCUACAAUGACUGAAAACAACUCAAUAUUUAAUAUACCUCAGUUGGACUUUAGGUAGCUAUUAUUCCUAGAAUGUUAGUCUGUGUGUAACACAACUUAAUAUGCAUAGGUUUGUAUGUAUACUAUUUGCUAAGAAAAAUGCAGAGGAGGAAAGAAAUGUCACCUUUUGUGUUAUUACAUAACAAAACUGAACUCAGACACUGAAACUAAUAGUAGAUUCUGGUCUAUGCUGAAGUGUUGAUAGUUUGACUGAGAUUUGUUAACAUCUCUUCUAUUAGUAAUGUUAUGUUUCCUUGUCUCCAUUUCAUAAUACUAGGAAUAGCUUAGUAUAAAAUGCUUUAUUGAAUAUAUGUUUCCUGUAAAAUCAGCUUAGUGGUUUAUUGAAGGUUAGUGUUCUUAAUGCUAAUCUUUGUUGUAUCAUAUGAUAAUUUCUGUGCUUCAUGCCAGUUUUAAUUAUGACAGCUAACAGGGAACCUUGGGUCACUUAGGUUUGAAUAUUCUGGAGCCUUGUUCAGAACUUUGUUCAGAUAAAGGAAAUGUGAGCUGUCAUUCAAUUUAGCUAUAUCACAGACAAAACAGUGCCCUCCUCCCCUUACAAACUGUGCGGUUUGCUUUUUCAUUGUUUCACUCCACCCCAUCCCACCCUUGUUUCCUCAAAAUCGAAGUAACUGAAAAAUUCCAUUAGUGGACAGAUACACAUGCUGAACAUGGAUGUGAAGAUUCAGGGUACACGGGUGCAUUGUCACUGUUGCCCCAAUUGCCAGAAGCAGCAAAACAAUUUGAAAUUAAGAAUAUCAAUUGACUGUUUGUAUGGAUAAAUGUCAGAGUUGGAUAUUUGCAUAGGUGUGCAAAAUUGUAAUUGGAUAGUGUAACAAUCCAGUUAUAUGAUGUUCUAAAGCCAUCUGGAUGGUGCUUGGUAGUCACAUUUGCUGGAGGUUAAUUUUUCACAAAUGGGCUGGGACUGCUGGGUGAUGCAUCACAAACUUUAUUCAGGCACCCUUUUCAGCUACAGACACAGGAGACGGCACAAGCUCACGUCUGCCACGAACAGCCCAAGAUCUCUUUGUUACAGAACACUUUAAAAAUUUUUUGGCCAAUAGCAUAUUGCUAAAGUUUACAGACAAUUGUUCUAGCCAAUCACUAAAAGCACACAUACACCUGCUUCAGACAGUGCUUGCUUGUUUGCUUUCUAUUAACAAUACAUAAUACUCUGUCAUUAAGCUUAAAACUUUCUGCUAUCUUGGGAAGCAUAUUUUUCUGCAGCCUUAGGAUCUAUCUUAGCCAAGCCUGAAAACUCCACUAUUGUUUCAUGUCCUUGGAUAUUGUAUUAUUGUAUCUUUACUUUCAGGCUUUGCAGCUAGCUCUAAGUUCUCUGCUUUUUCUUUUCUGAAGCCUGCUUUCACACCUUCUGAAAGUCUUCUUACUUUUACUGUUUCCCACAACAAUUAAACCAUCUAGUUAAACUUCUAAAUGCUUAAGUAUUUUCUUACAGACAGUUUUGAAUACUGUGCUUUAGAUUAUCAGUAUUGGUUGGUAGAACUGGAAAUUUUUUAUCUGGCUUCAGGAUUGUCAAAGAAGGUAUGUAGUCUCAGCUGAGAGAUUGCAAGUUAAAUUCAGGAACAGGAAAAUCAGAAAAUUGAAUUUUUAAAGCUCUGCUAGAAACUUUUUGCUGAUACUUGAGCGUUGCAGAUUACUGCAAAGUGAUUAGAAGCUCUGGCAAAAAAAUGGGGUGCAUAGCCAAUGGGUAUUAGUAUUAUGCCCUUGUAAUUCAGGCAUAUAAUUUCAUCACAAAUCCUGCAAAAGCACUGGGACCGUUUGUAUGAGUUAGUAGAAAACAUUGCAGUUUGCUUGAAAGCUCUUCUGGCUGAUUUUGACUUACUUGUAAAAGGACCCACUAUUAAUUUGAACAGAUAUCCAAUUGUAAUUCUGAUUCAGCAGCAUGAAAAUAAAUAGAAAAGCUGCAAAAAGACAGAAGCUGUUGAUUACAUAAAUUAAGAAAACUGGAAUAAAAUCAGUUCCUUUUCAAUUUUUUACAGAAGUUUGGUGAAUGAGGAGAAAAGUGGGGAGAACUUGGCGGUGUUUAUCAUGGAUUGUUUCCAUUUUAUAGCACUUUUUUAACUGACAUUUCAGAGAUGCAUAUCAAUUAUGUGUCAGACCAUUAGUAGCUGAAGUUGUAGAAUUAAUUGAAAUUACACUAUGCAAAGUUGCAUCUCAGUUGAAUUUCUUAUUUUCUAGUAUAAAAAGUAAACAAUGUUUCAUAUUGUUGCUUUAACUUUUUUUUCUAUCAUAUUAAUGGCUGGAAAAUAAUUUCAGAUACAAGUAAGUUUUCUUUGACAGAGUGAGGUGAUGCUAUUGUGUGACUGCAUAUGUCUUCUGUCACUGAGGGAAAAGGAGAGAUAUUUUUGUUCAGGUAAGUAAAAUGUGAUGGGUUAUCCCAAAGUACAGAAAGAAACCUUUCAGGCUGAAAUAUGGAAAUCAACAUGAAUGAGAACAUUGUGGAAACAGCUGUUAUCUUGCAUGACUAUCACUAAUUUUUAUAUUUACUGCUAGCUUUAAAAUAAGUACCAUGGAAAGUUUAUACUUGCUUCUACAGCAAAGAGAAGAAACCUCUCUCUAGCAAGUUUUACUAAUUAACUGCACUUGUUAUGUGUUUGAAGAAGUUCUUAGUAUUCUUUUCUGCAUAUUUGUGGGAAAUACUGGAGAGGAAAAGGCUUCUCAUUGAUCAACUUAAUUAAAGAUUGCCAUGCUUUUUUACUAUACAAAUUCAUUCUGUUCAUACAAAGGUAUGUGUGAGUGGGCAUAUUCCCUUUCUUAAAGUAUUUGUAUCUCUUCUGAACCUUGCAUAUGCAAGGCAUACCUAUUUUUGAAAUUUUAUUCAAAAUAGUUCUGUAUAUCUUAUCCAACCAUCUGAGUCAUUUGCACUCUGUUGGUCUGCCUACUGAACCAGAUAUUUAUUUCUUGGCAUAAAAAAGUGUGGGGGCUCAAGCAAUCUGCAGCUUAAUAAAUCAGUAGGUUUUUGUUUGUUUCUUUAAAAUACCUUUAUUGUUAAUAUUUUGCCUUUCUUUGGUUGGAGCUGCAUGUUGUCAACAGCCUUUGAAAUAAAAGGUACAGAUAAAAUCACCUUUUAUUCAAUGUUAAUGAAAGAUGGUAAUUUUAGAAAAGAAAUUUUGAACUGAAGGUAGGAUUUGGUAGCAAUUUAUAUGUAAUGUACUGUUACAUAAUGUAAUGAGCAAAUAUUUGGAAUGGUAACAGCUUACAAAAAAUGCAUAUUAAUCAGUAUAUGCUAAAACAAAUUAUGUAAUCUGACCUGCUGUUGAAGGGAAAUUACAGCAAUAGAAGCCUGAUUAUGAUUUAACAUGAAGACUAUCUAGCUAUGUGUAAAAUGAAAAAAACCUGGGGCUUUUCCUGAUUCUGGAUCCAUUGUGGUGAAAAUGUAUCCUUCCACUGAGCUAAGGUUCUUAGAGGUGGUUGGUAUGUUUGGGAUUGGAAACUCCUAGGGCAGGUUUUUUCCCUGUAACAAUAUCAAAUCCAUUGUGUAUGUUAAUUUAAUGUGAAAACCAAGUCAGACAAUAAAUGUAUCAAAAACAACUUGAAAAA